AUGGAUUUCGAAUUUCCCCAAUUAUUGAACCCAACAGAUAAUGAACCUAUAAUACUAGUUUCUGAAUAAAAAGAUGUCUUGAAUAGUAAAUUAUUGACAGCUCGUUAAGUUAGUUAAGGAGCUCUUCAGACAUAAGGAAAAUCUGAUCUAGUUGUUAUUAAAGACUUUUUAAAGUAAUAAGCUUUAAAUUUAUUUAUAAAAUAGGGAUUUGACAAAAAAUUCUCCAUUAGCUUAUGUUCCAGAUGCUGAAUCAUAAUAACUUGUUGAUAAUUUUGAUUAAAAAAAAUACGCUUAUGAAAGUUAAGUAUAAGAACAAGUAAAUUCUUAUAAAUAACUAAAUUAAAAAUUAUAACAAGGAUAUGAGAAUGCUUGUAAUAACAUCAUAUCUAAAUUGGUUAUAAAUGCAUAAGGAGAAAGUAAUAAUGUUUAAAGAGCCUAUGAUUCUUUAUAAACUGUAUUGAGAAGUGAUCCAGAACAAGAAGCUUCAAUUCCUAAGCCAAAGGAAAUUGUAGAUAAAGUAUAAAAAAUUAAUAGCAAAUAUAGAUUUCUUAAUUAAGAGCAGCUCCUGAGUUACCAGAAUAUUUGUUUACAACUACAAAAAAAGUAAGAGCAUGGAGAAACGCUCCUAAUGAAUUAUGUGUAUGGAAUAAAACAAAAGAGCAAUUUUAUAGAGAAAAUUUAGAAUAGAGUUUAAAUUAAGAUGUUUAAGAUAAAACAGAAUUAGCUCUAAAAUUUUGGAAUUCUUAAAUAAAAAAACUGGGUGAUCAAUUAUUGAACAUAAUCUAAGAUGAUUAAUCUAUUUAAUAAUAAAAUUUUGUGAAUUUAAAUAUUGAGACUGCAGAAGCAUUGGCAUUAUUAUUAAAUACUAUGAUUACUCCAUAAACAUAAAUAAUACUUCAUAUUGGAGAUUUUACAGUUGCAGAAUCUAAAUCAAUUGCAGAAUCAAUAUAAAAAUUAACUAGUAUUUUAAAUUUAUAGUUAAAUUGGAGAGUAAGUGGAAAAGCAUAAGGAUUAUCACAUAUUGCUUAAGGUAUUAUAAUAAAAUUAUAUUAAUAGCAAUAUCUUAAGCAGAAUAAUUAAAAGUAUUGACAUUUUAAUUUUCUUCAUAAGUUUAAGCAAAUUCAGCUAAAGAUUUCUUCAGUGAAUUCAAAGAAGUUAAAUUACCAAAUUUGGAGGAAGUAAAUGUAUUAGCAGAAUAAUCUAAUAUAAAUGGAGCAAUUUAAUAUAUAUCUAAAGCAGUGAAAUCAAUUGGAGGAAAUUAAGUUAAAAGAGUUUUAUUUAAUUUUAGGUAAGUUUAUUAAAAUAAAUUAUUAGUCAAUCUUAAAUUGAUAAUAAAUCAGCUUAAUAAUUAGGAGAAGCAUUAUCUACAUAUAAAGGUGUUAAAAAACUUACUCUUAAUUUUUCAGGUUACUCUUUAUAAAGCAAUUGUAUUAAAGAUGAAGGAUUUAGUGGAUUGAUUUAAAAUGUUGUCAAUUUUGCUGAUAGUCUUGUUGAAUUGACAAUUAAUGUUGGAAGAAAUUAAUUAACAGAUAACUCAUUAACUAGUUUAAAUAAACAAUUUUCAGUUGUACAAUGGGUUUCAUUAAAAAGUGUUAAUAUUAGUAUUCAUUAUAAUAAAAUUACAGAAUAAGGAGCUCGUAAAUUAGGCAAAGUAUUAUAUAUUUAUUAUAUAAUAUAGUUCCUUCAUAAUUUACCUAUAUUAGUUAAUGUUUCUGUAAAUUUGAAUUCAACAGAGAUAAAUUAAAAAGGAUUGAAUUUUAUAAUUAAUUAAUUAGGCCCAUAGGUAAAUGCUUCAAUUUGGGUCAAAUAAUCAAAUAUAAGUUAAGAAGAAGCAGCAGAAUUUGUUGGAAAAGUGGCAUCAUUGAGAAUAUGA